AUGUAUCCAAGACAAGAUCCAGCUUUAGAAACUAUAAAAUGUACAUGGUAACCCAAUACAACUUAAAAAUCUCCUCAUUCCCAAGAAAUAUACUGUCCCAUGCCUAAGAAAAUAAUGGAAAGUGUCCUCGAUGCUAUCGGAAAUACCCCUAUGGUAAAAUUAAGCAAUUUGUAAAAAGCAGAGAACUUAAAAUGUGAGAUUUUAGCUAAAUGUGACUUUUUUAAUUCUGGAGGAUCUCUAAAAGACAGAAUCGGACGUCGUAUGUUACUCGAUGCUGAGAAAUAAGGAAGAAUAAAACCUGGAGACACUCUUAUUGAAGCCACAAGUGGAAAUACAGGCAUUGGAUUAGCUUUAGCUGCUGCCAUAAGAGGAUAUAAGAUGAUUAUUUGUUUACCAGAGAAAAUGUCGACUGAAAAAACAGAUGUUUUAAUGGCUUUAGGGGCCAAAAUUGUAAGAACUCCAACUGAGGUUGAAUUUGAUGAUCCAGAAAGUCAUAUAAGUAUGGCUAUAAAAUUGUAAAAAGAAAUCCCAAAUAGUCAUAUUUUAGAUUAAUAUAUAAAUCCAGGAAACCCUCUAGCACACUAUGAUGGUACAGCUGAAGAAAUAUUAUAUUAGUGUGAUAACAAAAUCGAUUAUUUAUUCGUUGGAGUAGGUACAGGUGGUACUAUAACUGGAAUAGCAAGAAAAAUGAAAGAAAAAUUAUCUACUUGUAAAAUUGUAGGGGUAGAUCCUUAUGGUUCUAUUUUAGCUUAACCUUAGACUUUAAAUUCUAGAAUGGAAUCUUAUUAAAUAGAGGGAGUAGGGUAUGAUUUCGUGCCUAGAGUUUUAGACAGACAGAGUGUGGAUAUCUGGGUUAAAGCUACUGAUGUACCUAGUUUUAAAAUGGCAAGAAGAUUAAUUAGGGAAGAAGGGCUUUUUUGCGGAGGAUCAAGUGGAUAAGUAGUUAAUGCGGCAAUAGAGUUUGCUAAAGAACAUAAUUUAGGUGAAAAUGUAAGAAUAGUUUGUGUUUUAGCGGAUCAUUUGAGAAAUUAUAUCACAAAAUUUGUAAGUAAAGAAUGGAUGGUGGGCAAGUAAUUUUAUGAUUACGAAGAAUUGGAAGAUGAAGAUUAUUAAUAAAGCCCUUUGAAAGGUAUUUCUUUGGAUAAAAUUUAACUUAAAAUAUGCAAGAUGUAUAAUGAGAAUAUAACAGUAGGAGAAGCUUUAAAGGAAUUCGAAAAUGGAGUACCAGCUCUGCCUUUAAUUGUUAAUAAAAGCAUUUAUUCAACUGUUUAUCCUGAAAAAUUAAUGAAAGCUAUUUAAACGAAAAAAUUAGGACAUAAUGAUUUAGCUAAAAAAGCUUGGUCAAAAGAACAAGUAGUUGUAUAAUAUGAUAAUCUUGAUGCAGGAAAAUUAAGUAAAUUUUUGGAAAGAAAUAAAGUUGUAUUUUUAGUUAAAAAUAAUUAAGAAGGACAUGUUUAAUAAAUAUUUUAUGCGGUGCCUUAAGAUUUAUUAAAAUUAUUGUGAUUAUUGAUUUUAAUUAAAAUAAGUAAUUUUUUUUGCUUAUUUAUACAUAUUUUAUUUUAAAGUAAUAAUUAUAAUGUAUUAUUAAUUU